UGCACUUCUCAGGCUCUGAACAUCAGCCCUGGAUUAUUGAGAACUUGAAUAUGGACUACACAUGGCUGCUGCUGCUGCUGCUGCUCAACCUCAGAGGAGCUAUUUGUGCUGUGGUGCAAUGGACAGAAUUACAUGAAGCAAAGGCCUAUUUGAGGCAGUAUGGAUACCUGAAUGACCCUGCUGAUCCACAGGACCCUCAUUACCUGGAAGAGGUCAUUGAAGCUCUCAGGGUUUUCCAGGGUGUGAAUGAUCUGCCACCUACUGGAGAACUAGAUGAAGCUACUGUGGAACUGAUGAGACAGCCGCGAUGUGGCAUGGAAGACCCCUUCAACAAGAAAUAUCACAAAUACAGAGUGAUGGGUCGUUGGAGAAAGAGGAGUCUGACCUACCGCAUCUACAACUACACACCUGACAUGAAGAAGGUAGAGGUGAAGAUGGCCGUCCUCUAUGCCUUCAAGUUCUGGAGUGAUGUGGCUGCUUUGACCUUCAGAGAAGUCGACUAUGGCAGAGCAGACAUCAAGAUCUCCUUUCAUAAGAAAGACGGCUUCUGCGCCAACCCAUUUGAUGGCCGUGGUCAUGUACUCGCCCAUGCUGAGUCACCAGAAUCUGGUAUUGUCCAUUUUGAUGAGGAUGAGUUCUGGACUGAGGGAGCAUAUUAUGGUACUAAUCUGCGUAUUGUGGCUGCCCAUGAAAUUGGCCACGCCCUCGGCCUGGGCCACUCUCAGUUCAGAAGCGCUCUGAUGGCUCCAGUCUACGGUGGUUACCGUGCCAAUUUUAGGCUGCAUACAGAUGAUAUCAGAGGCAUCCAGAUCUUAUAUGGUAAACGCAUCACCAGCACUUUAGCCAGUCCGACACCUCCAGACAGUGUGUUUCCCACAGAAAGCAGCCAUGAUACUGAGAACCUCCCUGACCCCUGCACUGCCACACUGGAUGCCAUCAUGUUAGGUCCAUGGAGGAAAACCUUUGCUUUCAGCGGUGAUUACGUCUGGACGAUCUCUGAUCUGGGACACAACACACCAAUAAAGAUUGGCAGUCUGUGGAGAGCCCUGCCUGGAAACCUGAAUGCUGUCGUGUACUCUCAAAGAACCAACAAGACAUACUUUUUUAAAGGUAAUAAAGUGUGGAGGUAUACCAUGUUCGUGCUGGACUACGGCUACCCCAAAGAGGUCAAACGAAUCCCUCCUAAUAUUGAUGCAGCCAUUUACCUGGAGAUGAACAAGAAGGUGGUCUUUAUCAAGGGUUCAGAACACUGGCAGUGGGAUGAGUUGAAGUACACGGACUUAAGUCUCUACCCCAAACCGCUCUCUAUGCUCUUCACUGGAGUGCCGUCCAGUCCGGAUGCAGCCUUCACCUGGAACAACGGCAACAUCUUCUUCUUUAAGGGAGAUGAGUACUGGCGUGUGAAUAAGCUGCUGAGGGUCGACAGAGGAUACCCACUGAGCAAGAGGGAGCGCUGGAUGCGAUGCUAGGGGCCAACCAUCAGGGGGCAGCAUGGAUCAAGAGGUCCACGGCAGGGGUGCUGGUUCCACUCCAGAGGCAUUGACAACCAGGCAACCUCAACAGCAGUGAUUGUAAAUUUUAUCUACCAUGGAAAAAAAAAAGAACAGAAAUAGUGUAGGAAUUGAUUUUAUUUCACUGGAUCUGAUUUUAACCAAACUACUCCUUCCCUCUGUGGCAGGUAGGUUUUUGUGAGGCUUACUCGUUGAGCACAUAUGUGUGUUUUUGUGACUUUGAGAAUUAUGUAAGCUUUUGUAUGAUCUCAGGGAGAAAUCAAGGGAGGCCUUCUGUUUUUCUCUCAAACAUAUGUGUUGGGUUAUGUGUGUUAAUACUUUCAGUAAGAUGAAAUAUGAUGGGAGUGUGCACUUCCUGUUCAGACAUUGUUUUUAAC